AUGGCCACCGCUCCAUCCUCCCUCAAUAGACCGUUGUCACCUGAAACUUCUUCUGUACUUGCCAAACCUUACAAUGUCAAGACGAAGGAGAAGCCAGUCAUUUCUCUAGAGCCAAAGCUCGAUCACGAGUAUCUGACCGGACUCAAGCUCUUCAUCGUUGUGGCCGCCGCGGCCAUUGUUGCUUUCCUUAUGCUCCUCGACAACAUGAUCGCCAUCCCGCGCAUCACUGACGAAUUUCACUCCCUCGCCGAUGUUGGCUGGUACGCCAGUGCAUACCAGUUUGGAAGUUCUGCACCGCAGCCAUUGACAGGAAGGAUCUACAAGUAUUUCAACACCAAGUGGACAUUUCUGGUCUUUUCCUUUAUAUUUGAGAUUGGCUCAGUCAUCUGCGGCGCUGCUACCUCCUCAAACAUGUUCAUCGUCGGUCGGUUUAUUGCUGGUUUUGGCGCCGCAGGUAUCGCCACGGGAUCUAUCACGAUCGUUUCACUCUGCGCACCUCUUGAGAAGCGACCACCUCUGCUUGGUUAUUCCUUGGGUUUCAAGCUUCUUGGACUUGUUUUAGGGCCUGUCAUCGGGGGAGCUUUCACAUCUUACACUACUUGGCGCUGGUGUUUCUAUGUGAACGUACCAGUUGGUGCAUUGGGAGUGCUUGCCAUAGCUUUUCUGCGCAUCCCUGAAGAAACACUCAAACCAAAGGCUUGGUCCCUACUCCCCAGAAUACAUUAUCACCUGGAUCUUAUAGGCUUUGUUCUUUUUGCGCCCGCGAUCUUGCAACUUCUCCUCGCUCUUCAAUUUGGAGGCCAGGCCUAUCCAUGGAAGUCACCACAGGUCAUCGGCCUCUUCUGCGGUGCCACGGCAAAUGCAAUUGUCUGGGGCUUCUGGAAUCGAUACCGCGGAGAAGAUGCAAUGAUCCCUAGCUCGUUGAUUCGCCGCUGGAAUGUCUUGUUCUCGGGGAUCUACGUGGCUUUCCUCACGUCGGCGGUCUACGGAGGCAUCUACUAUCUCCCACUCUAUUUCCAAGCUGUGAAUGGAGCGAGUGCAAUCAAGAGUGCCGUAUAUCUUCUUCCAAUGAUCAUAGCACAGCUUAUAACCGCUGGGGUCUCAGGUGUCGCGGUGAGUAAAAUCGGCUACGUGAUUCCGGUAGCUGUGUUCUCGACGGUAUUCCUUUCCAUAGGAACUGGUCUCUACUCCCUUCUCCAACCUGGCACCUCAAGCGGUGAAUGGAUUAGUUUUCAGAUUCUUGGAGGUAUCGGCUUUGGAUCUGGGCUACAAUUGGCUAUCAUAGCUGUCCAGGCAGCGAUGGAUAGCGAGGAGCUCCCUUCUAGCAUUGCUUUUGUCGUCUUCAGUCAAGCAUUGGGGCCCACCAUCGUAAUGGCCCUUUACAAUAUCAUCUUCCUCGAAAGCUUCCAGUCGCAAAUCAAGAAUUAUGCGCCCAGUGUCAGCCCAACAGCCGUAAUAAAUGCCGGUGCUACUGGAUUUCGUUCCUUUACCUCGCCUGCAGAUCUUCCUGGUGUGCUGAAGGCAUAUGCAAAUAGUAUCGAUCGCAUCUUUUAUUUCGCCGCAGCGCUAGCGGCAGUUUGUGGGAUAUUCCUGUGGGGAAUGGGAUGGCAUGAUUUGCGGAAGCCAAAAGGCAAAGUUCCAAGUACCGAAGAGAACUGUACAAUCGCUACAAGCAAAGCCACGGAUGCCCAAUUGCCCAACGAGGAGGGGGAGAAAAUAUCUUGA